CGAACCAGUGUCGCGUCAGUCGUCGGCCGAACAGGUCACCGGUCUCGCUUCAUACGCGAGUCAGACUAACCCGGAUCGAAUCCCCACGGGGGAUUUUUUAUUAAUUUUUUUUUAUUUUCCUUAAAAAAAUUAGCCAAGUUCAUUCUAAUCAAUUCUUUCAUUUUUUUAUCCUCUAAUUAAAUUAUUAAUUUAGUUUAAAAAGUGUGUUAAGUGCAUUGAACAUUUUUAUUAUUAUUAAAAGGAUAAUCAUCGCUCUAUCGGUGAGUGUUUACUAAGUGAUUUAAUUUUUUUUUUUCUUGUGCUUUGAUUUUUAUUAUUAUCACUACUAUUAAUUAUAAUGAUGAUAAAGAAAUCACGAGUCAAAGGACCGAACUAAUCGGCCCAUAAGGAGAUUCAUCGCGUCUUGUAUCCAAGGUAGAUCGAGCGAGUCCCAGUAGCACGCUCGAAAUUGCACCAAGCUUGAACAUGGGGUCUAGAGGUCGUUGUAUCAAAGAUCGUUGGAGCAAAAUAUCAACGACAAAAGAGGAAAGGACAAUAGUGUAUAACUGAAAGUUGAUGUUGGGGUAUGGCCGCUACCGACGGACAAAUUGUCGUCGCUGCGGCGCGUUGGGCCGAAGAGGCGACAUAUUUGCGUGAGUUCGUAAGCAAGCAUCGUCUUCCAGCAGUAAUUAAGAUAACAAAAGGCCAGUAUGGCGGUCUGGGAGUCCCGACGUUGCCCGCGCCGAGUCUACAGAGCACCGCGCUCCUGGUGUCCGCUGGACGUAGGCGUAAAAUAGUCGCCCAGGCGGUUAAAAUCAAAGAGGGGCGUCGAGUAGUCGGUGUGGGACCAAGACUCGCGAUUCCAGACUCCUACCACGGCUACUUCGAGAUCCUCAGCGAAGAGGGUCGGGCCGUCCGUGGUAUUGAGUCCGUCAACGAACUCGCACGCCGCUGCCCUGAAGAGGGCGCACUAGUCCGCGAAACAAUACGCGGCAUUGCCUGCAAACUCGACGAUUCCAGCAACGUGAUCGCAGAGGGCACCAGGAGUCUCCUCGCUGGCGAAACAAUCUUGACAGCUGGUGAAGUUACUCUACCUGGCCGCGGGCGCUUUUUACGCUGCGUCGAUAGCCACGGUGAUAGCUUGCUCCUCAGCAUGGAGCAGCGUGGCCGCUUCAGUGCACUGGCUCGUGAAGAUAACAUCAGCGGCGUCCACACAGCCCGUGCACUUCUCAGUAAACGGCUGCCCUUGACCGUUCGUUUAGUCUAUGGGCAGCCACCUCGCGGUCUAAAAUCAUCUUCCCAAUUUCUUCCAGAACUUCGUCUACUCUCAACCUUCGAAGAAGAACACAUAUUCGCGCUUCCACUCCAGCGAGAAGGAGCCGCAGUCUCGCUGCCUCUAGCAGCACCUCUUAAAUUAGUGAAGGCUAGAAACGAAGACGUGUUACGUUCAAUGACUGAAUUUACACGCCUAGUCGACCGUUCUUCUCGCCUGGUCGCUGACGUCGCAGAUCGCGCUCACGUUCUCGAUGGAAGACUCGGUGAGAGCAAGCAGACCCGCCAAACAAGAAGUGCUGCGGCAUUCUUACGUCGUUCUGUCAGUUCUGACAGUGCAAAUAAUCACCAUCGUCACCAUCAUCACCACUACCAUCAUAAUCAAAAUGGCGGAGGCUUAAAUGGCAACAUAAAUUUAAGUCUCGGUAUUGGGCUGGGCCUAGGUCUAGGUCUAAGCGGAAACAGUUAUCGGGAUGAAAACCGCGUGCCCCAGUCCUAUACCGAAGACUACGAUGAAAUAGAUCAAAUUUACGAUUACGUACGUGGGUUCGCUCCCCUACCCAAGAGCGUGAGGUCGCCAUACGAAAGUCCCGUCAGCAGCACGGGAACUGGCAACCAAUUAAAUAGCAGUUCCAGUCCCCCGCUGACGCCAAUCACUGUAGCAAUCGCUCCAUUACUGGACGACCGGCCGGAACCUCCACCUAUCGAGACGAUUCCAACCAAGAAGAUGCAAGCGGAAAAACGCACCAGGCGCGCGGUCAAAGAUACGGGCACGCCACAAACUGGGCAACCGGGCACGCAAACUGGCCAACCCAUGCCUAGAGUUGAGAAACCACCGCUGGCCAAAUUGUACGUUAAAAACAGCGGAACUCAACGUGGCCGUCCGCUAAUGAGGCAGAAGAGCGCGUCGCCUUUGAAAGAAACUCCUCCAGGGUUCAAGGGAGGCUCGCCGCUUUUUAAUAUUCGGUACAAGAGUCUGACUAAUCUGCAACAAGCGAUGGAACUUGAUGGUACUCUUGAUUCCAGUCAUUCUGGCGGUAGAACCUCGGGCGAUUCGGGAGCAGGCGCCAAGCUUCCAGAAAAAAGAUCAAGGCGUCUCAGCAGACCUCGCUCACUUACCAAUCUCGUGUGGGAACUGCGCGGCAGCACAGUCGCUACCAGACCCGAAACUCCUCCUCCAGUUGUUGCGGCGCCACUGCCGGCGACUAAGUGUGGCGCGAGACUUGCUGUUACUGUUGUGGCGCCACGACGCGUUGGCACGCUCUACCUCUAACUCAUUCGACCGACGAAGGGAUGAUGAAGGCAAAGAGCGGUCCGAAUGAGACACUGACGGAUCUCCAACGUCUUUUAUUAAAAUCAAAAUUUCCACGUAGAGCUUAGCUUUCAUACGCUGAAAAAUAAAAUCCACCCGCGCGCAUUGUAAUAAAAAAAAGCAUACUUUAAACCUUGAAAAUAAAAUGCGCCGCGGAAUUAUCAAGAGCUGAUAAAUUAAUAUCAAUAAUUAGUUUACUGAUAACGGAAGCGUCUAGAGCGUCCAGAAUGCCAUAAUAAUGACAAAGUUUUUUUUCUUUUUUUUUUUUUAUUAUUAUUAUUAAUAAUUAUUGUUGUGGUUGUACUUAAGUCAUAAUUUUUUUAUUAUAAGACUAGUAAUUUUAUAUGAUUAGAAUGCCUUCCAGAGUAUCAGAGUGUUUUUUUUUAAUUCCCGAGAUUUUGUAUGGAUUUGUAUGAUUCUAAAUAGACAUAUCGAUUAUUUUAGAUUUAUCAUUUAUUCGAACAAAUGCACACCUCUUUCGUUUCUCGAGCUUUGAUUACAUUUCCAGGCUAAAUUAUCAAAGAUACGAAAAAAGUCAAUAAGGUCAAUAUUUAAGAGAAUUAAAUUUCCUGCAAAAAAGGUCCCUAUCAAUUUUUCAAUUAAGUCCAUAGUUUCGUAACUAUCUCCAUUUGAAGUAUCACUCCAAAAAUUUACCUAAAACCAAAACUAUAAUUUCCGAAAACUGGAAGUUUAAAUUAUGACUAAACUAUCAAAGUUGGAAAAAAUUGUGGAUAUCAAUUUUAUAGGAAUAGGAAAUUGAAUUUCCUGUGAAGAAGGUCAUAAUUAUUUUCAACCUGUCUAUUAUUUUAAAUGUAAAAGGACUAAAUACAUGAAAACUGUUGAGGUGUGCAUAUUUAUUUAAAUCUAAUUAUUGAUCAGCUUCCUCUUCGCUCUGUCUAUAAAAUACUCAAGCAACGAACGAGGAGAGAAAAAAGGCUGAUUGUUUAUUUAAUCGUGGCCCCCGCUCAUAAUAUUUUUUCUUAACCUUUAAAUAAGAUACAAAAAAAAAACUCGGGACCACUGUAACGAUUAACGAUCACGGCCAUUUUUGGUAUCUGGGCCUUAGUCUCAUUUUGUGAUUACUAUAUACAUAUUUUAAUUAAAAUACUAUUAUUGUAAUAAUUAAUUAAUUAUUGUAGACUAGGCUAGGCUUUUUUUUUGUUUAAAUUCGUCGUGAUUUUAAUCAGCGAACAAUGAAUUUUUUUAUAAUUUUCCAUUAAAGGCCAGUCGAUUUCGACUAAAAAUAUUUAAAUAAAAUCAACAAGUGUCCUUAGAAAAAAAAAUAUUUUUAUUGAAAUAAAUGUACUGCACUAUUGCAUCGAGAGAUUUAAUUAAGUGAUUUAAUUAUAUUAUUAUAAUUAAGUAUUUAUCGUAACAAGUGUUAGUUACGAUGUUUUUAAUAUUAAAACAUAUGCAUUUUUUUUUUAUUAUGUUUAGUUUUCUUCAAUUUAUUAUUAAUAUUAAAUAAUUAAUUAAUAGUUAUUAUUAUUUUUAUUAUUAAUAUUAUUUUUUUUUUUACUUGUAUGACGAAGGCACUCGGUCCCCUUUACGAUCGAACCAUUGUGUUAUUAAUCGAUUUAUCGGUUAAUAUUACGCGGGUGUUCUUUAAUAAUCUCUAAUAGUUGCCACGUUGACUGGAAAUUUUUUUUUCGCGGUUUUUGCGGUUUGGGGAAAAGCGGGACAAAAUGGAUCAUUUGAUAACCAGGACUUGUGGGUACUCGUUCGAGAGAAUAUUAAAAGAUUUACCUGAUCCAGAAGAUAAAUUUUGAAAAAAUAAAAAUUUUUAAUUUUUUUCAAAAAAUUUAGAAAAUUUUUUGUUUCUACAAAUUUGGAUUGUGCUCAUUCUUUUGAGAGUAAAUUAACUUACUGACUCAGCAAAUAAACUAAAAAAAUAAAAUACUUUUAAAACUCGCCGGUAACCAAGUACCCAUUUUGCCCCAGCUUUUAAAAAAUACACUGAGAAAACAGUUUAUUUCAUUCAAAUAAAUAGAUUUAUUUUAAACUAUUGAGAAGUAUUUAUUUUAUAUAAAUAAACUUUAUUCGAUUGAAAUAAAUA